AUGGCACAAAGACUGCUCCUCUUCGCAGGCGCACCGCCAUCUUCAUCUCUAACUUCAGAGUCAUGUACGAUAACUCAAAUCGACGACUCUUUUGCCCAAUUUCUAGGGCUGGUCCCUCCCAAAUCAAAAUCAGCACCUGCGCCAUUGCAAAACCUCGCACCAUGGCGGUCUCUCCCCCUGAACAGAAAACCUCUUCAUACAGGGUUCAGUCAAACACACGAUAUCAGCGUUAACCUCGCCAACCAAUCUGAGUUCUUCACCACGGCUGAAGUCUCAUUUAAUAAACAGUCACAGUCUCAGCCUUUUGAACAAGGUGACGCAGAAACGCUAUUAUCGCAGUUUUACGAUCACUCUCUGGCCGUGCAUAAUCCGCUGCCUUCAUCAAGGCUUGACAGUUUUGAGGAAACGGCUUUUGAAGAGACUUCUUUUGAGGACACUUCUUUUAUGACUACUGUUGCUGCAGUCCGGGCUGAUGCGACCGAGUCCGCGCCUUCGCAUCUUUCUGACUUGGAAGAUAUACCUUCUGCAUCAAAAAUAUUGGCUUUAAAUCCCCAAACAAUUACUCUCAAUGUCAUUGCUGGAAUAAUAUCUAUCGCCCAACCCCGAACGGUCACGACGCGCUGGGGUCGUACUCUAUCCCUAGUAGAGAUUCUACUCGGCGACGACACAAAGACAGGAUUCGCUGUCACAUUCUGGCUCGAAGAACACAACGCUGCUGCAGCUGAGAUUAGGGCCCUACGCCGCCAAGACGUCGUUCUCAUGCAAAAUGUAGCCCUGCAUGUGUUCCAAAACAAAGUAUACGGCCAAAGUCUGCGAAGAGGCAUGACUAGGGUCAGCUUGCUAUGGCGACGAGACGGAUCGGGUCUCUAUUCGACUAGGGAGUUGUCGGGGCGCGGUCAGAUGCAUCCGCAGUUGCAAAAGGCCAAGCAGGUGAAAGAUUGGGUGCUCAGAUUUGUGGGAGCCGCUGCUGGGGUCAAGACAAGAGCUACAAGGGCGCGACUCUCAUGGGAUAUGCCCCCAGACGAUACACAGUGA